GGGCAGCUCAAUACAGCCUUCGGUGACGUAGCGUGGCGCAGCCUUCAGCCCUACAGCCGUUCCUUGCAAACAACACGUCGACACUCUCCAUGCGCUAUAAUAAUUUCUUGUUAUUCUGCUUAUCCUACGUACUGACCGUGUUCGAGAUUCUGCAUCCUUCAGAAAACCCUUUCAGUAUCGACGUCUCGAAGAACGGUCCAAUAAUAGGCUCAACCCCUGUAUCAACGCCUCUAGUAUCAAAGACCUUCGGAAAUCCUGGUGUACAGAUACCGACAAACCAGGCCCCUCUUGUCCCCGCCACACCCCACACAGACUCAACAAUUACUCCCAACAACCCCAUAUUACCUCCACCAGUACCAGUCAUGGGCGGCGGCGACGGAUAUCGCACAGUAGCUUACUUUGUCAACUGGGGCAUCUAUGGCCGCAAAUACUUCCCUCAGACCAUCCCGGCUGAUAAACUGACUCAUGUCCUCUAUUCCUUCGGCGACAACCGCGAGGACGGUGAGGUCAUCUUGACUGAUCAGUGGUCCGAUAUCCAGAUCCACUACGAUGGAGACUCCUGGAACGACCAAGGCAACAACCUCUAUGGCAACCUGAAGCAGCUGUACUUGCUCAAAAAGCAGAACCGCAACCUAAAGGUUCUACUUUCCAUCGGCGGCUGGACCUAUGCGCACGAGCAAAAGCAUUUCGACACGCCGGCCUCAACCCCCCAGGGCCGCAAGAGGUUCGCUGAUAGCUGCGUCAAGUUGAUCAAGGACUUGGGAUUCGAUGGCAUUGAUAUCGAUUGGGAGUACCCGAGAGACCAGGAGCAGGGACAGCAGUUGCUGUUGCUGCUCCAGGAGAUACGCUCGGCUAUGGAUACGUAUGCUACCAAGCUUGAGAGCGAGACUGGGACGAAGCCCCGGUUUGUACUGACUAUUGCGGCGCCGGCGGGUGCUGACAACUACAACCAUCUGCCCCUCGCGGAUCUGGCCAAGGUUCUCGACUUCAUCAAUUUGAUGGCAUACGACUACUCAGGCAGCUGGGACAAGGCCGCUGGCCACCAAGCCAACCUCUUUCCAUCCUCAUCCUGUCCCACAUGUAGCCCAUUCAACUCCAAUUCCGUCAUCGAUGCCUACGUCUCCAGAGGCGUCCCUGCGAACAAAAUCGUCCUCGGGAUGCCCCUCUACGGCCGCGCCUUCACCGACACCGACGGCAUCGGCAAGCCAUACAACGGCUCCGGCCCCGGGUCAUGGGAGAACGGCGUGUGGGACUUCAAGGCCCUGCCGCAGCCCGGCGCGCAGGAGUACUACGACGAGGAAUCUGGUGCGAGCUAUUCAUACGACGCGAACACGCGCACGCUGGUGAGCUACGACACGCUUGACAUGGCGAAGAAAAAGGCGCAGUGGAUCAAGCAGAAGGGACUCGGCGGCGCAAUGUGGUGGGAGCUCUCGGGCGACCGCCAGGACGCAGGCAGCAUCGUCGACGGCGUCGUCGCAGAACUUGGUGGGCCCUCCAACGGCAGACUCGAACACCACCCUAAUUGGCUCGUCUACCCAGAGUCGCAGUACGACAACCUGCGCAAAGGCUUUGCUUAGGGCACCGCGUACCGCGAACGAAUUGAACCGCCUGUCUCUUCAGUUUGCCGUUCUAACCGCAGCACACCUCUGCCGUGGCGCGGAACGGAUCCACAAAUCGACACCGACAGCGGGAUGGCGGACGCCAGGGCCGGCAAGCGGGUCAAAGUUAGCGUUGGGCGUGGGAUUGUGGCAGUUUAUGGUGGAGUAAAAAGCGUUUGAUAUAGUUUCACGGUGGAGGUGUUGGGGGUCCUGGACUAGGGGAUGGGUAUCCUGGUAUCGGGGCUCGCUUAGAGCUGCACUUGCGCUGCUGCUGCGGACGUGUUACGCAAAGUGAUCAACUACAUGGUUACGAAGCCAAUGCAUUCGAGAUACGUUGC